CCUCGGGGGGCUGGACAGCGCCAGCCGCCCGCAGCAUCCCGCCCUGCGGUCCCCGCGGUCUCGGCGCCGGUGCACAGCGGCCCAGCGGGCGCGAUGCUGGCGCCGUGGUUGCUGAGCGUCGGGCCGAAGCUGCUGCUCUGGGGCGGGCUGUGCGCCGUCUCUCUGGCAGGCGCCACCCUCACCCUGAACCUCCUGCAGAUGGUGGCGAGCUACGCGCGGAAAUGGCGUCAGAUGCGUCCCGUCCCGACCAUUGGGGACCCCUACCCCUUGGUGGGACACGCGCUGAUGAUGAAGCCGGACGCAAGAGAUUUUUUUCAGCAGAUAGUUGAUGGCACUGAAGAAUACCGACACCUGCCACUGCUGAAACUCUGGCUCGGGCCCGUGCCUCUCGUGAUCCUUUAUAAUGCAGAAACUGUGGAAGUAAUUUUAAACAGUUCAAAGCACAUUGAAAAAUCCUAUAUGUACAAGUUCUUAGAACCGUGGCUUGGACUAGGACUUCUUACAAGUACUGGAAACAAAUGGCGCUCUAGGAGAAAAAUGUUAACACCCACUUUCCAUUUUACAAUUCUGGAGGAUUUCUUAGAUGUCAUGAAUGAACAAGCAAAUAUAUUGGUUACUAAGCUUGAAAAGCAUGUUAACCAAGAAGCGUUUAACUGCUUUUUUUACAUCACUCUUUGUACCUUAGAUAUAAUCUGUGAAACAGCUAUGGGAAAGAACCUUGGUGCUCAAAGCAAUGAUGAUUCCGAGUAUGUUCGAGCCGUUUAUAGAAUGAGUGAUUCGAUACAUCAAAGAAUGAAGACGCCCUGGCUCUGGCUUGACCUUAUAUUCUAUAUGUUUAAAAAUGGACGAGAACACAGAAGGAGCCUAAAGAUUGUACAUGAUUUUACCAACAAUGUCAUCACUGAACGGGCCAAUGAAAUGAAGAGACAUGAAGAAGGUACGAGUAACGACAAAGAGAAGGACUUUCCUCCACCCAAAACUAAAUGCAGGGCUUUUCUUGAUUUGCUUUUAAAUGUGACUGAUGACCAAGGGAACAAGCUGAGUCAUGAAGAUAUAAGAGAAGAAGUCGACACCUUUAUGUUUGAGGGCCAUGAUACGACUGCAGCUGCAAUAAACUGGUCCUUGUAUCUAUUGGGUUGGUAUCCAGAAGUCCAGCAGAAAGUGGACAGUGAGCUGGAAGAAGUAUUUGGGAAGUCUGACCGUCCUGUUACCCUAGAAGACCUGAAGAAACUUAAAUAUCUGGACUGUGUUAUUAAGGAGAGCCUUCGCCUUUUCCCGUCUGUUCCUUUCUUUGCCCGUAAUCUUAGUGAAGACUGUGAAGUUGCGGGUUACAAAAUCGUGCAAGGCUCUCAAGUAAUCAUCAUGCCCUACGCACUGCAUAGAGAUCCAAAGUACUUCCCGGAUCCUGAGGAAUUCAAGCCAGAACGGUUCUUUCCUGAGAAUUUGAAAGGACGUCAUACAUACGCAUAUGUGCCCUUCUCUGCAGGCCCCCGGAACUGUAUAGGUCAAAAGUUUGCCAUAAUGGAAGAAAAGACCAUUCUUUCCUGCAUCCUGAGGCACUUUUGGGUAGAAUCCAACCAAAAAAGAGAAGAACUUGGUCUAGCAGGAGAGCUCAUUCUUCGUCCAAGUAACGGCAUCUGGAUCAAGUUGAAGAGGAGAAACACAGAUGAAUCCUAACUGUAUUACUGGGUUAUGCUCUUAUCAUAAAAAGGUCUUUCUUUAAAGGGAACUUUUCAUUUACAGUUUGUAGAUCAUGGAUUCAGUAUUCUUAAUCCCUCAAUUUAAUUUUUUUCUUGUCCCACUUAGCUUGGAUCAAGUCUACCAAAAGCAAGAGUUUCCAUAUCUUCAUCACCAUCAUAGCUUUGACUCCUGGUCUUGAUCCCAAGAUAAAUUAACUAAUGACCGUACACAAAUGAACAUAUAAAAACUUCUCCACAGAAGGAUCCACAGGCCAAUUCCAUUCCAAUCAACAGACCCAAAAGAUACAAUUUAAAUGAAGUUCUAGAAUAUUUUUAAGAUGUUCUUAUUGACUCAGGAAUAAAUAUUUGCAUGUACACAUA